AUGCACUCUCCUCACCCUAAUAACUUCGAUACCGAACCGAAUAAUACGAACAACGGUUACGUCAGAUCUUUUCCGGAAGACUUUAGUUUUGAUAACACCAAUGCUCCAGUUCACAUGCCCAUUAAUUUGCAAGCCCAAUCUCAUGCUCAAAAUUUCCUUCCUUCUGCCUCCGAUAAUGUCGAUAUGACGUCUAUGGAUAUUAUGGACUACGGAAAUACCGGCAAUUAUACAGGCAAUUAUGCACCAUAUGAAGGUAAUCCCUCAGUUUUUUAUUAUACCCAAGCGGGUAACAUUGACACGAUGAAUGGGCAGUUGAAUCCGUUGAGUCACGGUCAAGUCGAAAUCCACACAAACAGCUCUUGUCCGCUCCCAGUACCUUUUCACACAUACUGUGGCUCCUCCGACUCUUAUCCCGAUACCUCCAUCCCCUAUUCCGAUACGACGAACAACAGUCUGACUGAUAAUAAUUUUCAACAUCUCGGUAUGAUCAACAAUUCAUCUUCUACUUCAUAUAUUUUUACGCACGAGCCCACAGGCUCCGGAUAUGUUGUUACUAAAGUAGAGUAUACCCAAUCAGUGUUAGGCAAGAUGUCGGCUGCUGACUUUAACCAAAUGUUAGCUACAACUUGA